UCUCAAUCUCAUUCCAGCUCGCUCUCUCUCUCUCUCUUUCCCUCUCUCUGAAGCAGUUCCGUAUCCCUAGUUGAACACCGCUUACUUCGUCUUGUUUUGUUUCCUGCAUCUUGGAUCUUUCAAGAAUCUCGAAUACACAAUUCUGAUUCCAAUCCGAUUCGCAUUCAUGGGAAAUCUACUCCAACUCUAGGAUUUUCCACCUCUUUCUGAGUCUGUUAAUCAGUACAUCUGUCAACCAAUCGAUUUUGUCCAACAGAGAUGGCGGGUAAAGUCGAGGCUGCGAACGGCGGCACGAAAUCGGCGGCUUCGACUGCCGUCCAAGGCGGAUUGAAGCUAGAUCUGCUAUCGUCUAACACUCUGUUCUCUCUUAAAACCCUAAAGCUGAAGACAAAACAGCAGGAACUCCUCAUUCGAGUCACCAUCCUAUGCCUGGUAUACGUUUUGGCAUUCAUCACUCGACUUUUCAGUGUCCUCCGUUACGAGAGCAUGAUCCACGAGUUCGAUCCUUACUUCAAUUACCGCACCACUCUCUUCCUCACACAGAAGGGCUUCUACGAGUUCUGGAACUGGUUCGAUUCCGAGAGCUGGUACCCUUUAGGCCGUAUCAUCGGCGGCACUCUCUACCCGGGCCUUAUGGUCACCGCCGCUCUCAUUUACUGGGCUCUCCGCUUCCUCCGCUUCUUUGUCCACAUUCGCGAGGUCUGUGUAUUGACCGCUCCUUUCUUCGCCUCCAACACUACUUUGGUCGCCUACUUCUUCGGCAAAGAGCUCUGGGACUCCGGCGCCGGACUUGUCGCCGCCGCGUUAAUUGCUAUUUGCCCUGGUUACAUCUCGAGGUCCGUCGCCGGUUCGUAUGACAACGAGGGUGUCGCCAUUUUCGCUUUGUUGCUCACUUUCUAUCUGUUUGUUAAGGCUGUGAAUACCGGUUCGCUCGCUUGGGCUUUAGCUUCUGCUUUUGGGUACUUCUAUAUGGUUUCGGCUUGGGGUGGUUAUGUUUUCAUUAUUAAUCUGAUUCCACUCUAUGUAUUGGUUCUCUUGAUCACUGGGAGGUACUCCAUGAGGCUAUACGUUGCUUAUAAUUGCAUGUAUGUGUUGGGAAUGUUGCUGGCAAUGCAGAUUCGAUUUGUUGGCUUUCAGCACGUGCAGUCUGGGGAGCAUAUGGCUGCAAUGGGCGUGUUUUUCUUGCUGCAGGUGUUUUACUUCUUGGAGUGGGUCAAGCACCAACUGAAUGAUCCAAAGUUAUUUCAAGCCUUCUUGAGGAUUACUGUGACCACUGCAAUUGGUGUGGGUGCUGUAGCUCUGGGAGUUGGCAUGGCAUCUGGAUAUAUUUCUCCAUGGACUGGUCGAUUUUACUCUCUACUAGAUCCGACCUAUGCAAAGGAUCACAUUCCCAUAAUUGCAUCCGUCUCUGAGCAUCAGCCAACAGCAUGGUCGUCUUUCAUGUUUGAUUUCCAUAUUUUACUUUUCCUUUUCCCAGCUGGUCUAUAUUUUUGCUUCAAGCGGUUGUCAGAUGCCACUAUAUUCAUAGUAAUGUAUGGUCUCACAAGCAUGUAUUUUGCUGGGGUCAUGGUUCGAUUAAUUCUUGUUGCCACUCCUGCAGUAUGCCUUAUUAGUGCUAUUGCAGUUUCUGCCACCAUAAAGAAUCUAACUCAGUUGAUCAGAGCAAAGAGCAAGGUUCCACACUCUAGUACUGGAAAAGGAACAUCUGGUGCAAAGUCCUCUUCUAAGGCUUCACUUGAUCAAUCUAUGCCCUUCCAAAGAAAUGGGGCUAUUGUAUUGCUUCUUGGUGCUUUUUACUUGCUCAGUCGAUAUGCUAUACAUUGCACCUGGGUUACAUCGGAGGCAUAUUCAUCUCCCUCUAUUGUCUUAUCUGCAAGAGGUGCAUAUGGUAACAGGGUCAUUUUUGAUGAUUACCGUGAAGCAUACUUCUGGCUACGGCAAAAUACUCCUCCAGAUGCUAAGAUCAUGUCAUGGUGGGAUUAUGGAUACCAGAUCACUGCCAUGGGGAACAGAACCGUUAUUGUAGACAACAACACCUGGAAUAAUACACACAUUGCCACUGUUGGACGGGCAAUGUCAUCUUAUGAGCAUGAAGCAUAUGAGAUAAUGAGAUCACUGGAUGUUGACUAUGUUUUAGUUGUAUUUGGUGGUGUUACUGGUUAUUCAUCUGACGAUAUUAACAAAUUUUUGUGGAUGGUGAGAAUUGGAGGUGGAGUAUUUCCUGUCAUCAAGGAACCUGAUUACCUUGUCAAUGGAGAGUAUCGCGUUGACAAAGGGGCAGCUCCAAAGAUGCUGAACUGUCUAAUGUACAAGCUGUCCUAUUACCGGUUUGGAGAGCUGACUACCGAAUAUGGCAAACCUCCUGGGUAUGAUCGAGCAAGGGGGGUUGAAAUAGGAAACAAAGAUGUGAAACUUGAACACUUAGAAGAGGCAUUUACAACAAGUAACUGGAUAGUGCGGAUUUACAAAGUCAAACCACCCAAUAAUAGGUGGUAAUUGACAUAAUAUGGCACAGAUAUCAACCCCUGUCCCAUUCCUCUUUCUGUGCGGGAUGACGAACAUAGUAAAUGAACACUGGAGGCUUGAGUACUGCGUACAUUUAGAGAGUGCAAUAUUUUUGCGUUUGAGCUUUGAGUCUGUAGCAGACAGGGUUGUACGAGUUGACCUUUUUUUUUUUUUUUUUUUUUUUUCUGGUUGGAGUUUCCAUAGUGCUUUAUUUAUCAAGUAGUUGUUUCGAUCCUUUGGUGCUUUGCAUAAUGUAACUGACUGAAGUUUUGGUUAUGUAGGCUCUAAAGUUUAUUUAUUUUACAUUGUCUACUUUUUUGGA